AGCCGCUAGCAUCAUAUAUGUCUGCCUCUUCUGAGCCUUCCUGCGCACCGUCGCCCUUCGACCAUGCGAGGGCAGAUGUGAUUUUACGGUCGUCUGACGACGUUGACUUUCACGUAUUCAAGUUGUUCCUCUCUCUCGCAUCGCCGUUCUUCGAGACCCUCUUUGAUCUCCCUCAGUCGUCAGAGGAGAUGAGCACAGAUGUGGAGAUGAAGGACGGACUACCCGUCAUCCCUGUCUCAGAAGAUAGCAAGACGCUGGAUCCACUACUCCGCUUCUGCUAUCCCUGCACUCUGGCAGAGGAUCCUGCCCUCGAGGAUUUUAGAGACGUCGUAAACGUACUCGAGGCGGCCAAAAAGUAUUCCCUUGACACAGUCGAGAAGACGGUAUGCAAAUCUCUGUUCAAUCCGAAGAUAUUGGAGGCGAACUCGUUGCGCUGCUUCGCGAUUGCGUGCCGCACUCGCAUGCAAGAAGAGUGCGCCCUUGCUGCCCGAUACACGCUUUGGGAACCUUUAGUUCCGACGUGGUUCGAGGAAAUCGAGCUAAUCACUUCUACUGAACUUCUUACAUUGUUGGUAUACCAUCGUAAAUGCGCUACGGCUAUCCAGGCACUGAAGACCGACCUUUCUUGGAUUACUACCGAAUACACUCAGUCGGCUGCUGUUCCGUGGAUGGUCGGUAAGACUUCCAGUGGUAGCUAUUGUCACUGCACUAGGUCAUCGUCCGGGAAAUACCCCUUGUAUUACGGAAACACAGUUGCCCAAUGGUGGGAAGCGUUUAUGGACUCCACUUUUCUGGAUUUGCAGGAGAAGCCCUGCGCGGAGACUAUCCGACAAGAUGUCGAGAAGGCAAUACAAUCAGUUCGGCAACGCAACUGUGGUCAUUGUUCUGCGGUGGUCCCUGGAGGCAUGCGAGAUUUCGGGACACUCUUUAUCAACAAGGUUGAAGAGUUAAUUUCCAAGGUGACUCUUUCCUUGAGACACAUCACUUGGAGACCUUAA